UUUCCCACAAUGCACUGUCAUUGACGUCAUUCAUGAUGGGGAAUUCCCUUCCGGUUCAAUGUAGUGACCUUUUACAACACACGUGUAUUUAUUUAUAAAUGCUGAAAACAUGACUGGGACUUUCAUAGCUGUUCACGCAGGCGCUGGAUACCAUUCAAAGGACCGGGAAUCUGAGUACAAGAAAGCCUGUGCUGAAGCAUGUUCACUGGCACAUGGAUUAUUAGCAACUGGAGCCUCAUCCUUGGAGGCAGUUACAGCUGCAGUUAUUUCCCUUGAGAAUUGUCCUCUAACUAACGCAGGCACUGGGUCCAGCCUAACUUUAGAUGGGGAUGUGGAAUGUGAUGCCAGUAUAAUGGAGGGCAGGUCUCUGGUGUAUGGAGGGGUCGGUUGUGUUACAGGUGUGAAAAAUCCCAUUCUAGUGGCCAGAUCUUUACUUGAUGAACAAAAGAAAGGAUGUCUGUCUCUAGGAAGGUUACCCCCAAGUGUGUUAGUUGGUGAGGGAGCAAGUAUAUGGGCUCAGGAUAAUGGAGUGGAGCUGGUGGACAAGAAGCUACUGAAAACAGAUUCCUCAUUGAAAACUUAUGAAUCCCACAAAAGGAAACUAGAUCAACAUGAGGAAAGAAUGAAGAAAAAAAGAACAAAAUGGCAGACAGGAAAUUCACCUAAGGCUAGGAACGAGGAGGAUGAGCCUCUUCCUUGUAUCAUUCAAGGUGUCCAGGAUACUGUAGGAGCUGUUGCCAUGGAUUCCGAUGGAAAUGUGUCUGCUGCUGUGUCAAGUGGAGGCAUCUCCCUGAAACAUUCCGGUAGACUUGGCCCUGCAGCCAUGUAUGGUGCAGGAUGUUGGGCUCAUAAUUGGAAAUCUGACAAAAAGGCAGGAGUAGCCAUAACAACAUCAGGAAGUGGAGAGCACCUGAUGCGGACCCUGUUUGCUCAGAAGUGUGCCGAGUGUGUACAGACUCAAGACAGUGGAAGCCUGGGAGUCAGUUUGGCCUUCAGGGAUCACUUUUUAGAGUCUGACUAUCUAUCCGGAAUCACACAGAAGCUAGGAGGGGUGCUGGCUCUGAGACUGGACAAGGAUGAUGAAUCGGCCAUGAUGUUGGAGGUGAUUUGGGUCAUACAACAGAAAGUAUGUGUAUUGGGUACUGGAGCGGGGAUACACACAAACCAAAGGUACUGGUAUCCCGUCUUCCAGAGAACAGUGAAUCAGGAAAAUCAUUUAAAAUGGAGGGGAAAGUUUUCUCUAUAUCCUGAUCUUCUCUGACGGUGUAAUAAGAUGUAAUGAACAACUAGAAUAUGAUACUCUGUUCUGUUUUUGUAAAUUAAAUGUGUACACUGCAAGUCAGCUCAUUAUUAGAUGAAUUUCCAUGUUGUUUCUGUGACAUGAAGACUUGCCGAUGGCUCAGUUGACGUGGCAAGAGUUGAUACACAGAAACUGAGUCCUCGACAGGAUAUAUCAGGCUACCAGGAAACUGAAUAUGUAUGUGUGUGAGAGGGUAUAUGUAUGUUUAUCGGAAUAUUUACACAAUCAUGUAUAAGAAUAUUUAUGAUUUUAUAUGUACUUAUCAUUCUUGUCUAAUUGAUGAUGAUAUUAACGAGUAUGAUGAUGAAAGAUCUAGGUCAUGAUGAUGAUGGUGAAGAUGAUAUUAUGAUUAUGAUAAUAAUUGUAAACCAUAAAUAUUGGAAUUGAUGUGUGUUUGUGUGUGUGGUUCUUAUGUAUUU